GCCCGCAGCCCCGGCAUGGACGUUAGGUUUUACCCCUCCGCCCCCACCGCCGUGGGCUCCCUGCCCGGUGCCGACCCCACUUGCCUCGGGCCGCUGGAUUAUUAUCACUGCAACAAGUUUGAUGGGGAGAACAUGUACAUGGGAAUGAACGACAACGCCCAGGAGUUUCUAUCGGCAAAUCAGACGUAUAACGGUCAGAAUGAGAAUAACGAAGACUAUGAGAUCCCUCCCAUAACGCCUCCUAAUCUCCCCGACCCUUCCCUCCUGCACUUGGUGGACCACGAAACUGGAUAUCACUCCCUGUGCCACAGCCUCCCUCCGAACAGUCUGAUACCAGCGUACCCCUACCAGAACAUGGACCUGCCAGCCAUCAUGGUCUCCAACAUGUUGAGUCAGGAUGGACAUCUUCUCUCCAGCCAGCUGCCCACGAUCCAGGAGAUGGUCCACUCGGAUGCCACAUCCUAUGAGUCCAACCGUCAAGUGCCCCUGAUCAAUCGCCCCGGGAUGUUAGCCGGCCCCAUGAGCGCUCUCAGCCAGUCACAGCUGAUUUCUCAGAUGGGGAUGCGGAGCAGUGUUACCCACGGUUCCCCAUCGCCCCCGGGAAGUAAGUCUGCUACACCAUCUCCCUCCAGUUCUACUCAGGAAGAGGAGACAGAGUCACAUUAUAAGGUUACUGGAGAGAAAAGACCAUCAACAGACCUGGGCAAAAAGCCCAAAAGCCAAAAGAAGAAGAAAAAGAAGGAUCCCAAUGAGCCCCAGAAGCCCGUGUCAGCCUACGCCCUGUUUUUCAGAGACACGCAAGCAGCCAUCAAAGGGCAAAACCCCAAUGCUACUUUCGGAGACGUAUCGAAAAUUGUUGCGUCGAUGUGGGACAGUUUGGGAGAAGAACAAAAACAAGCAUACAAGAGGAAAACAGAAGCCGCGAAGAAGGAGUACCUGAAAGCCCUGGCAGCGUACCGGGCCAGCCUCGUCUCCAAGAGCUCUGCCGACCAGGGGGAGACGAAAAGUGCCCAGAGCAACCCACCUUCCAAAAUGAUCCCCCCCAAGCAGCCCAUGUACCCGAUGCCGCCGCAGGCUUCCUCGCCCUACCCCGGCCUGGGCUCGUUCCUGUCCCCAUCGGACCUGCAGAACUACCGUGGCCACCCCCACCCCGGCCUCUCCCGGACCCUCACCUCCAAACCCAUGCUGCCCAGCAUCAGUGCCUCCCCGCCGCCCUCCUUCCAGAUCAGCCCCCCCCUCCACCAGCAGCUCUCCUUGCACCACCCGCAGAGCUCCCUCCUCAGCCAGCCCCUCAGCAUGCAGCAGGUCCCCCAGCAGCCCCUCCUGUCCCCCCCCAUGGCACUACAGGUACAGCCCCCCAUGAACGCCUCGCCUCCCGGGCAGCAGGACUUCUCACAUAUUUCGUCUGAGUUUCAAAACAGUGUUGGACCCCGUUCGCCUGGUGCAUCAAACCCUCCAGGAAGCACUGAGUGGGACAACGACUACCCCAGCAGAGAGUGUGGGAUUAACCACUGCAGCAUGCUGCCAAGGGACAAGGCACUCUACCUCACCUAAAACUCACCAUCUCUUUUCGAGGAGGCUCAGACGAAGGACACUUGAGAGGGUCUAUCUUACAGACUACCCGGAGAGGCACCGAGCAAGUCGUACGGACGAGAGAGCUACCACUGCACCUCGUCGCUGGCUUCGUUUCCAGGCUCUAAGAGCAGUUUUCUUUUAUGAUUUUUGAACUCUAAAGUCUACUUUCCAUGGAAGCCCAAAACCUCAUAAAUCAUGA